AUUAUUUUGGCGCCAAGUUCCAAAUUUAGAAUUUAUUUUUUAACACAUAAAGAAAUACGCACGUAAAGGACAGAAAAUACAUUUACGAAAUAAUGGACCAUAAUUACAAAUAUUCAUUGAAAAACCCUAAUUUUUUAAACAUUGGUUAUAUUAAUGCAGUUGCAAACUUAAACGAUAAACGAGACAGAUCAGCCCCAUCAUCAUAUCAUUGGAAAAUAUUAAAAUGCAGAAUGUUAAUUUUUUCCAAUUCGUCCAUAUUGGCCUGUCCCGACAAAACUGAUGUCAAACAAAUUCAUGUAAUAUUUAAUAAAGUUGGUGAUGACUAUGAUAUGCUAAACUCAAUGUUUUUACGAUUUUCACUUAUUCAACAAGGUCGAAUAAAAAAUGCCACGCCAGAAUUAUUUGAACGGUGUUUUCAUUAUACAAUGACCGCCAAACUGGCUCCAGUUUGGAAUGUUCUUGGAUAUAAUUUUAUGAUAAAUAAUAGAGAAUUUUUGACAAGUACAAAGUCAGAAGACGGCAUCAAAUAUUCCAUUCGAAGUAGCGAGCUCGUCACUGCUAUAGAAUUGAAACCAGUUAAGAUACAUUUAAUUAGAUCGAAGGAAGAGUUUGUAGUUGGUGAAACGAUAAGAGUUUUACCAAGUUUAAACAAAGCUUGCAUCGAUGACUUCUGUAAUAGUUUAUCUGAAUCGAAUAAUUUUAAAUGCUACAAGGAUCUGCGUCGGCAUUGGAAAAAUAUUCAUGGUUACAGGCUACCAAACGAUGAAUGCCCAUAUUACAAAGUACGUUUUUGGCGAGGGGAACCAUUGACCUACCCGAAAAUAUGUAUUCUUAAAGACUUUCCUAUUGUGACUCCAGUACAAAGACCGAGAGAAAAUAUUAUACUGGCAAAUUUUUUGGACUGUCUCAAAAGUAAAAUGUCUCAUUUUCUCGGAAUGACUUUAAUAAUUGAAGGUGUGGAUAACGUAAGACACCAAAGUAUCGUAAACAUGUCUGAAACGCAAGCUGUUAGUUUAUGCACUCCGACACAGGAAGUUUAAUCGGAAGUGAAUUAUGUGUUGUACAGCUAAUUCGUAAUGGUUUUUAUAGGGACUAGUAUUAACUUUAACGUAAUUAGCAUCUACUUAAUUUUCUUUUUGAACAAUUGAUACACCGCUGUUGGAUUCCUAACUUGUAAGAAAUACGAUACGAAUAGCUCAAUAAUAUAUUUAUAGAUAAAAUUAUAAAAACGCAAAACAAAUGUUAAAAAUAAUUUCUGUAUUUGUAAUUAGCGUGCGUACUUCAAAGAGCAUUACAUAUUUUUUUAAUA